AUGACCAAGGCGGAAGCAAGCAAGGCGGAAGCAAGCAAGGCGGAAGCAAGCAAGGCGGAAGCAAGCAAGGCGGAAGCAAGCAAGGCGGAAGCAAGCAAGGCGGAAGCAAGCAAGGCGGAAGCAAGCAAGGCGGAAGCAAGCAAGGCGGAAGCAAGCAAGGCGGAAGCAAGCAAGGCGGAAGCAAGCAAGGCGGAAGCAAGCAAGGCGGAAGCAAGCAAGGCGGAAGCAAGCAAGGCGGAAGCAAGCAAGGCGGAAGCAAGCAAGGCGGAAGCAAGCAAGGCGGAAGCAAGCAAGGCGGAAGCAAGCAAGGCGGAAGCAAGCAAGGCGGAAGCAAGCAAGGCGGAAGCAAGCAAGGCGGAAGCAAGCAAGGCGGAAGCAAGCAAGGCGGAAGCAAGCAAGACGGAAGCAAGCAAGACGGAAGCAAGCACGCGAGCAAGCAAGACGGAAGCAAGCAAGCGAGCAAGCAAGACAGAAGCAAGCAAGCGAGCAAGCAAGACAGAAGCAAGCAAGCGAGCAAGCAAGACAGAAGCAAGCAAGCGAGCAAGACAGACAGACGCAAGCAAGCAAGCAAGACAGACAGACAGAAGCAAGCAAGCAAGACAGACAGACAGAAGCAAGCAAGCAAGCAAAGCAGACGGAAGCAAGCAAGCAAAGCAGACGGAAGCAAGCAAGCAAGCCAGACGGAAGCAAGCAAGCAAGCAAGACAGACGGAAGCAAGCAAGCAAGCAAGACAGACGGAAGCAAGCAAGCAAGCAAGACAGACAGAAGCAACCAAGCAAGCAAGACAGACAGAAGCAACCAAGCAAGCAAGACAGACAGAAGCAACCAAGCAAGCAAGACAGACAGAAGCAACCAAGCAAGCAAGACAGACAGAAGCAACCAAGCAAGCAAGACAGACAGAAGCAAGCAACCAAGCAAGACAGACAGAAGCAAGCAACCAAGCAAGACAGACAGAAGCAAGCAACCAAGCAAGACAGACAGAAGCAAGCAACCAAGCAAGACAGACAGAAGCAAGCAACCAAGCAAGACAGACAGAAGCAAGCAACCAAGCAAGACAGACAGAAGCAAGCAACCAAGCAAGACAGACAGAAGCAAGCAACCAAGCAAGACAGACAGAAGCAAGCAACCAAGCAAGACAGACAGAAGCAAGCAACCAAGCAAGACAGACAGAAGCAAGCAACCAAGCAAGACAGACAGAAGCAAGCCACCAAGCAAGACAGACAGAAGCAAGCCACCAAGCAAGAAAGACAGAAGCAAGCCACCAAGCAAGACAGACAGAAGCAAGCCACCAAGCAAGACAGACAGAAGCAAGCCACCAAGCAAGACAGACAGAAGCAAGCCACCAAGCAAGACAGACAGAAGCAAGCCACCAAGCAAGACAGACAGAAGCAAGCCACCAAGCAAGACAGACAGAAGCAACCAAGCAAGACAGACAGAAGCAACCAAGCAAGACAGACAGAAGCAACCAAGCAAGACAGACAGAAGCAACCAAGCAAGACAGACAGAAGCAACCAAGCAAGACAGACAGAAGCAACCAAGCAAGACAGACAGAAGCAACCAAGCAAGACAGACAGAAGCAACCAAGCAAGACAGACAGAAGCAACCAAGCAAGACAGACAGAAGCAACCAAGCAAGACAGACAGAAGCAACCAAGCAAGACAGACAGAAGCAACCAAGCAAGACAGACAGAAGCAACCAAGCAAGACAGACAGAAGCAACCAAGCAAGACAGACAGAAGCAACCAAGCAAGACAGACAGAAGCAACCAAGCAAGACAGACAGAAGCAACCAAGCAAGACAGACAGAAGCAACCAAGCAAGACAGACAGAAGCAACCAAGCAAGACAGACAGAAGCAACCAAGCAAGACAGACAGAAGCAACCAAGCAAGACAGACAGAAGCAACCAAGCAAGACAGACAGAAGCAACCAAGCAAGACAGACAGAAGCAACCAAGCAAGACAGACAGAAGCAACCAAGCAAGACAGACAGAAGCAACCAAGCAAGACAGACAGAAGCAACCAAGCAAGACAGACAGAAGCAACCAAGCAAGACAGACAGAAGCAACCAAGCAAGACAGACAGAAGCAACCAAGCAAGACAGAAGAAAGCAACCAAGCAAGAAAGAAGAAAGCAACCAAGCAAGCAAACCAGGCAGAAAGGAAACAAGCAAGACGCAAAAAGUAAGACACAAAAAGUAA